CUGAUAUUUUAUUUUUAUGUCUAUAUAAAUUCCAUGAGAUAAAUAGAAAUAGAAAAAACAUCUUCACGGAGGUUUAUUCCUUUCGUUGGAGCCUGCCAUCCUGUUAGACUCGACGGGUUUUUUUUGUUUGUUUGGACGGGCCGACUCAUUAACUCGUUCGUUUCUUCAGGAGCAGGCUUUUCUACGUUUUCUUCCUGUUGGGUGAAGUUAUGUGUUGCUAAGGAUCAUGUCACUCUUGUAAUGUUGCUGCUUUGGUAGUAACUCUGUCAAUAACUCUUCCUUGGAAUAGGGAUCUGAUUGAUGUCUUGACGUAUCUGAUGCUGGUGUUCAAGCUAGACAUCCUACAAGGAUUGGUGGCUUCUAGUUGCUGCACCUAAAUGGGCUUCGAAGUGCAUUCUUUCUGAAAGUCAAAAGAUUUUUUGCCUCUUUUUUGCCCUUUCCUGAAUUGUAAUUUUAGAAGCUGCAUGUGGGAGGAACCUUGUUCAAUGCUGAGCUCGCUUGUAGGUGCUUGAUUUGGGGGCCAGGGAGACUAGAGUGGCCACUAUUUGUUAUUUCGUGUGAUGGAAAAUAUCUUUUCCGUUACAUGAGAUUCUGAAUUAUUUUUUGUGAUACCUUUACGGACUAAAAUGUGGUUGAGAUUUAAGCCCAUCUUGUUAUUCUUUUUGUUCUCCUCUAUAUUGUGCUUCGGUAAUGCAACAGAAGAGGUUGAAAAUGAAGUGUCACGAAAGAUGAGGGCUGCUCCACACAAGAAUGCAGGAAGUAAUGUUAUAGAUGGCACUGCCAUAGAGAAUUCCUUUAAUUUUGCGGAUACUAAUAAUGGACUGGGAGAGCGGAACAGCGGAAGUGGCAAAGUUACGGUGUCAACAGUUGCAUUAUUUACAUUGGCAAUGGCUGCUGCCUCAGGUUUAGGUGCUGUCCCAUUUUUCUUUGUGGAGCUUGAUCCUCAGUGGGCCGGAUUAUGCAAUGGAAUUGCUGCUGGUGUGAUGUUGGCUGCAAGUUUUGAUCUCAUAGAGGAAGGGCAGCAAGGGCAUGAUGCUGGAAAUUGGGUUGUGAUUGGAAUUUUAGCUGGUGGAAUAUUUGUUUUGCUCUGUAAAAAGUUUCUUGAACAAUAUGGAGAAGUAAGUAUGCUGGACAUAAAAGGUGCUGAUGCAGCUAAAGUCAUUCUUGUUAUUGGAAUAAUGACACUUCAUUCAUUUGGGGAGGGCUCUGGCGUUGGUGUUUCAUUUGCUGGCUCAAAGGGGUUCUCUCAAGGUCUUUUGGUAACUUUGGCUAUUGCUGUGCACAACAUACCCGAGGGAUUAGCUGUGAGUAUGGUGCUUGCAUCAAGAGGUGUUUCUCCGCAGAAUGCCAUGUUAUGGAGUGUGAUUACAUCAUUACCACAGCCAAUUGUAGCGGUGCCUUCGUUCAUAUGCGCUGAUGCAUUUAACAAGUUCUUGCCUUUCUGUACUGGCUUUGCUGCUGGAUGUAUGAUCUGGAUUGUUGUUGCAGAGGUACUCCCUGAUGCCUUAAAGGAAGCCUCUUCAUCCCAGGUUGCAUCGGCAGCUACACUUUCUGUAGCAUUUAUGGAAGCUCUUGGCACUUUGUUUCAGAGUUUCAGCCAUGACUACAGCUCAGAGGAUGCUUCUGGCUUCUUGGUUUCUCUACUUUUUGGGCUUGGGCCAUUGCUUGGUGGAAUUGUUCUUGUUUCAUUUGCUCUUGCUUUCCAUCUUCAGCAUGCUCUUUUAAUGGGUUCAGCUUCUGGCAUUGCCUUUGUCCUUGGUGCCUGGCGACCACUGCAGCUUCUCUUGUCGUCAAAAAUGGGGUUUAUGCCUCUUAUAUUGCUGCUUGCUACAGGAGCUGCAUUCAUGCAUGUUGCAAGCUCUAGUGUUUUGAAGCAAGCAGAUCGUAGAAGAGCGUCUGCUAAUAAGUUGCCUACGGUAAGUGGUUUUUCAGUGAGUAUUCACACCCUUCAGUCAUUCAUAUCAUGUGGAGCGGUUGCCUUUCAUGCCUUGGCUGAGGGUCUUGCACUAGGAGUGGCUGCAUCAAAAGCUCCUGGACUUGGUCGGCACAUGGUCCUUCCCAUCUCCCUACACGGGUUCCCUCGGGGUGCAGCUGUGGCCAGCUGUAUAUUUGGGGCUACUGACAGCUGGCAUGGGUCCCUUGCUGCUGCUGCCCUAAUCGGAGCUACAGCUCCAAUAUCUGCAAUUGGAGCGAUACUAGCGGGAAUUGACUACACGGGUCUGGACCAUGUGAUGGUGUUUGCUUGUGGGGGGUUAAUCCCGAGCUUUGGAACAAUAAUAAAGAGAGCAGUUAGGUUGGAUUCACGGAAAAGCAGUUGUGGGCUUGUGAUAGGAGUGGUGUUUGCUACAUUGUGUUUAACGUUCACCAAGUUGGUUUGCUUGCACACACCUUACUGCAAUUCUGCUCCAGAAGCUGUCAGAUGAAUUGAUAAUGCUGCAGCUCAUGCGUGAUGUAUAAUUAUUAGGUCCACCUGCAUUUGUUGGCGUGGUUAGCAUUGUCAUCUUCCAACAUGAAUGUGGUUGGCACAGUCAUCUUCCAACAUGUGAGCUUGCGCCCUGCUAGGCAAAGCGUACCCGUAAAAAUUCCAUUAGAGAUUCAAUGCGAAAGGUUUUUUUAUUUUUUAUUCUCUUUCUCGGCAAUGCCAAAGGUUUGUUAUAAAGGACAAGGUACGCGAGGAGACGAGAGCUGUCUUACAGAAUCGAGGUUUAUUAUCCUUAAGUUUUUGUCCUGUUACAGAAAGAACGAAGAAUAUGGGGUUUUCCCCCCUUUCUUAUUCAUUAAAACAAAAGUGACCUCUAUGAACGGUUCCCCCUUUGUUGUU